AUGAUUGGUAAGAGCAUAUUGAUACUCUUUAUUUGGUUAUCGAGUAUUUUUGGUGUGAGUUUCGCCAUUAUACCUAAUGUUGGUAACAUAGAUGAAUCCAAUUCUAAUGAUCAACAUGACGAGCCAGGCCAUUUAUCGUUACCAAACUUAUUACAAGCCAAUAGUAUCAAUGAUUUGGAUUUGACUUGGGAUGUUCUUUCUAAUAUAAAAUUAGAUACUGGUAGGUUGGUUAUUGAUAAAAGCAAUGGAGCAGUUUGGUCGAAAGCGCAUUUAGCAAAUACUGGAGAUGAAUGGACAAUUGAAAUGGUUUUCAGAUCUUCAGGUACUGCAAAAAACGACUUGGCUUUUGGAGAUACCAAUGGAUUGGCUUUAUGGUUAAUUGAUUCUUCGAACUCUUUGCCAAUUAAUGAUAGGAAUGUGGAUAAUUUUGGAGGACCUUCUCAAUUUGAUGGAUUUCAAUUCUUGAUCAAUACAAAUGAAAAGAGAGGAUUAAAAAUAUUUAAUAAUGAUGGUACUAAGACGUUGAAAAAUACAAUUGAACAAUCUAUUGGUGAUUGCACUUUCAAUUACUUAGAUUCGCUGGUCCCAUUUACUGUCAGAGUUUCGUAUUCUAAACUGAGAAAGUGGUUUAAGGUUCAAAUUGAUAAUAACCUAUGCUUCAAGACCGAUAAAAUAAUACUCCCAGAUGACUUGAAUGAUUUUAUGUUUGGUAUUACGGGUAAUAUUAGUCCAUCAUCUCAAGAAGUUUACGAAAUAUUGAAAUUGAAUGUGUGGUCCCAUUUAACUAACGAUGCAAUUGACGAUCAUGCAUUGAUGUCAGAUGGCAAUUUGAAGAUUGAAUACAAGACAGUGACGGCGGAUGACCCAAAGGACACAUAUAUACCUCCUUCCAGAAUAAGAGAAUCCCUUAUGGAGAGAAACAGAAAACAUAAAGAAGAAAUAUUGCGUCAACAAAGGGUGACACACCAACAAGGUAAAGAAGACAAUAAGAUAGAUUUGUUAUUAAAUGAUAUCUCAUUCAAAUUAGAAAAUCUUGAAUUGAGACUUUCGAGUAUGGAUUCUUCGGUUUCUGGCGAUACAUCUUAUGAUACUAAGGUGUUGGGCGCUCAACUUAAGGAUAUUACAACUAUCCAAACUCAACAACAAGAAGCCUUGUCGAAUUUACAACAAAGUUAUGACCAAUUCAAGACUACUCUCGUUCACCAAUACACUGAGUUAUUACAAUCCGUUUCCAAAUUGAAUGAAAAAGUGAUUGGUGAAGUUAGGGAACACCAAUAUAGUACCGAAGAAUUAGGUAAGAAGGUUGAUUUAUUGAUGUCAAACCAUAAAGAAGUAGCGUAUCAAUAUCAAAAUGGGAAUAAUGAAUUUAGAAACAACGAGGCUGAUUUACUACCAUCUAUUAUUAGAUGGGUGUUAAUCCCAGUAGUUGUUGGAAUUAUCCUAUUAACUAUUGUCGUUUAUAGAUUGAGACAUGACAUCAAACAUUCCAAACUACUUUAG